AUACGCGUUCUAGCAGCGUCUGCUAGACGAGCAGUAGCAGUGUUACGAUUGUUUCGUCCAAAUAUUUCUAUCCGAACUUCAUAUUAGUUUUUAAUUGAAUCAUUCAUUUUGGAAGAAACUUAAAGUUAUAAAAUGUUGCGGUCCGUAAUAAAAUUAUUAAAAGUUCCACUGAUUCAGCCAACUCAUUCGAACCUGGCAUCGUUGAAUUCGAACAAACUCGGGGGUUUUAAUUCUCUCGCAAUCAACAGUUUUCACACAACUUCAAAAUUACAAAAGGUUGAAGAUCGUAAAAUGAUGUUGAAUUCUAUGCCCAAAAUCGAUGAAGGUACUGAGGGUGAACAACACAUUGACAUAGACUACUCGAAUAUCAAAGCUGAUUUGUUCCCUGAUGAAAAUACACCCAACAGGCUUUUUAAUGGGGUACCUUUCAAAGAAAUACCAAUUGUUCAUAUAAGAGUUUCUCACAAUAAUACUAUCGUUGGUUUGACCGACCAUAAAGGUGUUCUGAAAAUCAUGCACUCUUGUGGUAGAGAAGGUUUCAAGAAUGCUAGAAAAGGAACAAACAUUGCUGCACAGGCAACUGCGAUCACCCUAAGCACGAAAGCGCUAGAGCAAGGGUUUAAAACAGUGAGAGUAAGGGUACGUGGACUUGGACCCGGCAGAAUGUCUUCAAUUAAAGGUUUGCAGAUGGGGGGAUUAAACAUAAUCUCUGUAACUGAUAGCACCAGAGUAACAUGGACUCCAUUGAGAGCUCGAAAGGCAAGAAGGUUGUAAAUGGAAUGUUAAUAAGUCUGUAAAAAAUAAAUAAAAAGGAAAAUUUGGUGAACAAA